AUGUCUGUAUUUUGUCUGAAAUCAUUACUAUUCCAAAUAGCAGCUGAUAAAAAAGACAAUUGGAUUCUAUUACCGGAGAAUGUAAAAAUUAAAGUCAUCGAGUAUCUAGAUUACACUGAAAAAGCCAAAUUAUCAAUGACAUCAAAAUCCAACUACGAUUUGGUAAAAAAGGUUCCAACGCAUAUUCAUUGCCUUCAAUUUUCUCCAAUUCGACACAAUGGAAAAUGUGCAGAAAUAUUAGUUAAUUUUGAUGAAUCCAAUCAAAAAUCAUAUUCAUUCCGGUUUGAUCGAUAUGGGAAACGUAAUGGAUUGAAUAUUACAAAAAAUGAAGGUUCAACAGAAAUGAGAAGUGUCAAAGGAGAUUACCGUAAAGCGGCUGAUGAUUGUUUUCAAGGAUGGUUGAAAGGAACUAAGAUUCAUACUUUGGAUAUUAGGUUUUGUAGAAAAAAUUGAAAUUUAUUGAACCAGUGGUUUAAUAUCAAUGUGAUUAGGGCGAUUACAAUGGUCAGGUCCCUUCUAGUUUGGAAGUUACCAAUUUUAGCUUCUCGGAUAAAUACAAUCGUCCAGUAUCUGCAAUUCCACAUUGGUUGGAUGUUAUCUCUGGCGAAAAUAUUUAUUUUAUGCUAAUGUCUGAUCACUGGGAGAAAAUCCUUUGCCACGAGAAAUUUUCACACCCCUUGAAUACAUGCAAGCUCACCGGAUAUGAUGGAAUUGGACACGAGCACUUAUCAACAAUUUGUUGUAGACAAAUUCAAUUGAAUAAUGUAAAAGAUGAGAUUUCUUUUAAUUAUCUUGCUACGAAAUGGUCAACUGGAAAUCUUCCAGAUUCAUUUGAUUGGUUGGCAGUGACAAGUGUGACUCGUCCGUUGAGAACUGAACGUCUGCUAGCUGAUAUUAAAGUUCAAUGUUUGGAUGAAAGAGUUUUUAGAAAAUUUGACAAGGACAUUCAGGACCACGAAAUGAUUGAGUAUUUGCUAAUUUUUGGCUCCAAAAAUCGAUAUGCAUUAUUUUGCGGACUCAAUAACUAUGCACGAUUUUCUGUUAUUAAUGAAAAACUAGUUGAAGCCAUUCCACACCUUCAUGUUAAUUUGCCUGAAUACAUGGCAAAAUCUCAGAGCAUCGAUGUAACACGGAAGAAUACAGUAGAAAAUUGGAACAGUUAGAG